GCGCGGCGCCGUUGUGCGUCGCGACGCUCAGUCUGCCGGCGUCGUUCGAGGACGUCGCGUACAUGUACCGGUGUCUCUUUUCUCAACGUAAAAGUUUUACCCAACGCAACGGAACGUUAAACAAAACCCACGUCAAUUGUGAUUCGCUCUUGUUGUACAAUGCAUACGUAUACACAUAUGUCGCAUGUAACCAGAUAUAGCACAAGCGUACACGCGUACGAAUGAGACACGGUGAUAAACGAGGAGGAUGAAAUUAUCCCAACGCUAACCUUCCUCUCAUUUGUGUUAAUAUGAAAUUUAAUUAUUUUUGUGGUUUUACCGUGCUUUGUACGUACGAUGAUGAUUACAUGAUGUCGCAAAACACGGUGCUUAAACUUAUAUGUUUACGUUCGUUCAGCGUCAAUAUUAUUCGUUUGAAAAAUUCAAAUUGACUUUGGGAUAAAAAAUGUUACGUCUUUACGUGAUAACAGUAAUGAUAAACAAAAAUAAUGACGACGAUAAAAAUUCCUGUUUCUUGACGGAUAUUGGAGAAAUGAGAUUAACUUCCGACGAAAAAUAUUUCACUCACACUUUCGUUGAUUACUUUUAUCGGAGCUUUUAAAAUUCCCCUUUCAAUUCUCUCGCUUCGCAAUAAUGUUGUCGGAGAAGCGGACUUGUACCUUGAGUAUAAGCACCGAGCAUUCAAAAUUGCAUCAAUUGUAAUUCGAAGUACGAAAGCUUCGAGCGUGAAGAUGAUAGAGUGAAAAUGAGCAAACAGUUUGCAUUGUUGUUUCCAAAUUUAACGUCACGUAUUUUCGAUUAAACAAUAUUUUUUCACGAAAAAAUAAAGGUUCUGAUGUGAAAUUUUUUUUUCAAAAUCUCUCGAAAGACGUGAAAACUAAAGAGAAAUUUCAGUGAUCACUGCGUAUCUCUAAACAUAUUCGAACGAGGACGUUUGAAAAGCGAAUAAAUUACGUACGAAUUCAUCUCCGCGUUCUAUUUUCCUUGCUUCGUCAAUUUAAAUUCCUCUCGAAAUAAAAAAGGAAAAUAAAAAGUAUGUAUACAGUUAUCGAUAAGAAUCUGUUUCGUUUUACGGACUAAGAAUUUUGCCAUUAUUCGUAGCUUUCGACACUGUCAUAAUUUUCGACAAGUCGAGGGCGAUCUUUCGCUCAAGUGUCGUCAGACGUGUUAUUGAAGUGUCCAAAAUCUUGGCAAGCGUAUACGAAAUUUUAUUAAUACUCCAAAAUACGACCGCUGUAAGAGAACUGCGCUAUUUAAUACUUGUGACAUUAAAGUGCAGAGAGCGUGGAUCGUCUCGAAGUUGAUCUAUCGCGUAAAAUAACUAAAAUAAAAAAAGAAAACUCAUCCUCGUUUGGAUACACUAAAUAAUCCAAAUUGAGAGCACUGAAAUCGACGCAAUUUAUCUCAGCGGGCACGGAAGCAAACUAACCGCAGAUGCCUCAACGAAAAUUAACUACUGCUGCUGAACGCUCAUCAUCAACUCUAGAAAUAACCAUUAAACAAACGCGUUGUAUUAUAGAUGAACAGAGAGAGAGAGAGAAGUAGAGCACUGCAAGCGCACCCGGAAAUUUGAAAAUACUAAAACACGCACUCCGACUUCCGAUCUGGCAGUUGUUGGCGUUACGUUGAGACAAACAGUGCGGCUUAAUGUAAUCGACGAUUGUAUGUUAUAAGCGGUUCAGUGUACCUGGCUUGUACAGUGUCCGGUAAUUUACUCUCUGUUAUCGCUUCGGGUACAUAUAACGUCUUUCAGACAUGAAAAUAAUUUAUCCAUCUGUGUUACAUAUAUAUAUGUCUUUUCUUUUUCUGGCUACUGUAUUUGUUGCCUUACGUCCGUCAAACAUUGUUUUGUUGAUGUUUUGGCUACGUUUCGUAUAAUACCAGUCGAAAGCUAGAGUGCAGACAUUGGAAAAGCACAAGAUCAAAUUUCUUUCACGUACUAUUUGAAUAACGUGUACCACACCAUCAAUUUGCAGGUAGUCAAUGACCAAUUCAAUAAUACGACUUCCAACGUUCAUUGAUUCAGUUCCUUUCCAUGUUCUUGAAAAAGUGCAACGGCAAUUGAAGCAAAAAAAAAAAAACACUCAGAGCAGUAUCUUGGACUGUAAAAGGUGGCGCUCCGCCUUUGAGGGAUACUGAGAUGUACAGUUGAUGAAUAUCAGGCGAGGAAUGGAAUUGGCGAGCAAGUGUCCAGACCUGGAAAGAAACAGAUUGUCAAGUAGCCUGGACAUAGAAAGCCUGAACGAGUUUGGAUUCGACUUGGUGAACACAGGUGUGGUACCGACGAGUUCGACGCCAUCGGCAACAGAGGCGGACGUAGCCAGCGUGUCGAGUCAUCAAGUGCACUUGAACGUCCCAUUCACGGUGAUUAAGGGCGUGAUCAUGGUGAGUAUAAUGACUACCGCGGUUCUGGGCAACGCUCUCGUGAUAGCCAGUGUACGAAGGCACCGGAAACUCCGGGUACCGACCAACUGCUACGUGGUGAGCUUGGCGGCCGCCGACCUCCUCGUAGCCAUGUGCGCCAUGACCUUCAACGCCUCGGUCGAGCUUUCGGGGCGUUGGGUGUUCGGCAGGUUCAUGUGCGACGUCUGGAGCUCCCUCGACGUCUACUUUUCGAGCGCUUCCAUCCUCCACCUCUGCUGCAUAAGCGUGGAUAGGUAUUACGCCAUCGUACGACCCCUUGAAUACCCCAUAAUAAUGCGGCGGGCCACCGUAACUCUGAUGCUUGGAAGCGCCUGGCUUCUUCCCGCCCUCAUCAGCUUCAUACCCAUAUUCCUUGGAUGGUACACUACCCAGGAUCAUCUGGACUUUCUCACGAGCCAUCCGGAGGUGUGCGGAUUCGUGGUGAACCGAGCUUACGCGGUGAUCAGUUCCUCGGUAUCAUUCUGGAUUCCGGGUAUAGUGAUGAUCGUCAUGUAUUGCAAGAUAUACAAGGAGGCGAUAAGGCAGAGGAAGGCCCUCAGCCGAGCUUCGAGCAACACUGUCCUGAACAGUGUUCAUCUCCACCGAGUUUCCACCUCGCGUCACCACUCAAGGGCCUCUCAUCAGCUUUUGCUCCAUCCCAGCGACGCCAGUGAUUCCCGACGUCCUUCGUACAGAACCGCCACCGAGCUCAAUGCCGAAAACGGAACUACGAUACGACAGCAGACCAAAAGCUGGAGAGCCGAACACAAGGCUGCCAGAACACUCGGCAUCAUCAUGGGUGCCUUUCUCCUCUGUUGGCUGCCAUUUUUUCUAUGGUACCUGACGACGUCGCUGUGCGGAGACGCGUGUUACUGUCCUGACGCCCUGGUCUCGGUUCUCUUCUGGAUCGGUUACUUCAACAGCGCCUUGAACCCCGUAAUAUACGCGUAUUUCAAUCGGGAUUUCCGCGAGGCGUUUAAGGACACGCUUAAAAGCGCGUUGCCUUGCUGCGCAAGCUGCUGGAAAACACCGUCGCAGUUUGUCUAGCGGGAAGUUCCCGGGUAUUCUGCAGCUCCGAUCAGAAAUCGUUGGGGAGCAGAUGAUCUCGGCUAAACUGCGCAGUCUUCCCGUAAACACCGAUUAAAUUCGAAAAACACGAUUUCACGUGGAAGAAUCGAAUCCGAAUCUCGCUGGCAACGAGUUUCUAUCGCUUCGUUAUUACAUACGUAAUAACAGUGACGUAUGAUUGUAAAAUUAAUUGCGGGUGUGAAAUUUCAAUGCGAUUACGCG